CAAUCAAUCGAUAACAGUAGGUGCAAAUUGUCCGAUAAAUUUCACAGCUAUUCGUGGCUUGUAUUUUGUAGCUUCGCAAUUGCUGCAGAUCCAAUUCCACGACCAAACGCGACUGUAAACAAGGUGCGAUUAUAUCCCCGGCGGUGGCCCAAAGUUUUGCAGUGGCCCUGCCCCGCGAAAGAUUCGGAUCUUGCUGGCGUUUCGGGUGUCUUGUUUCGGACCCUGAUUUCUUCCGAUUUCUUCUGCACCUCGGGUGCUAACGGAUCGACGAAGUUGUUCUUCUCCGGGGAGUUGGCACAUUCGUCGCUCCAUUUGGUGCUCCAUUCUCGCGUAGAUUGUCGGAGCAGCAAGCCAGCAGGGUUCCCCGCCAGCGGAAUCCAUGGAACUGCCUGCAAAGUGAAGAUAAUCCCAGAGGACCGGGGGGAAAAUCUUGUUCAGGGUAAGAGAAUCCAUCCAUGAAACACUCUCUAUCUCUCGCGGGAAUUGAAGAACCAGUCCAAAAACGCAUAAAAUAGUAGCUGAACCUCAAGAAACCAUCACAACGAAUCUGAAUGCGUGGGUGUGUGAAGCAAAACUCGGGAGGAGAUUGAAGGAACCACCAGGUGAAUCUGCAGAUAAAGGAUCCAGGCUGGGCAUGACGAAGCACCAGCCGCAGCAGCCCUAGUUCUCGCACACAAGGACAAACGCCAGCCAAAAACUGGGACUACAGGAGGAGCACCGAGGACCCCGCCCAGAGGCACCAUUCACCGACCAUCUUCUCAUGGCCUUGGCCAGGGGAGAGGAGGACAGAAUGGACGACAGCAGCAGCGGACGCACUUCGUUGGCGGACAGCGCCAGUCUCACCAACUCCUCCAUGCGCAGCGGCACCUCCUCGCAGAGCAUCACCAACAACGAUGGCACCAUCAGGGUGUACAAUCUCGUCACCGGUGGCUAUGAGCGCUUCCCGCCCAACAUGCUGUGCGAGGAGAUGUGCAAUGCCAUGUGCCGCCUGCACAACAUUGCCCCCACGGCCCAGCUGCUGUACGGGAUACGUGAGCACUCCACUUCGCGUCGUCCCACGCCGCUGAUUCGCCUGGAUCUCACGUGGGUGCUGCCCGGAGAGCGUCUUAGCUGCCAGUUGGUCUACUGCUUCCGGAUGCGAUUCCGGGUGCCCGAGCUGGACAACCAGCUGGAGUCGAUCGAUCCACGGAGCCACAAGUUCCUCUACCAUCAGAUGCGUUACGAUUGGCUCACCGAACAAAUCCCGGAGAUACGCUAUCCGGAGCACAAGGACAAGUCCACGGGCCUGGCCGUAAUGGACAUGCUGAUCGAUGCCCAGGAGCAGACGGAGGAUGACCAGGCGUUGCGAUCUAUCGAGAAGUCCUACCGAGCGUAUUUGCCGCCGAGCUUGUGGCGGGCGCACAGCUUCUUUGUGGGCUCCAAGAUACGCGAGGUGUUCCGCAACCUGAAGGCCAAUGCGCCGAGUAUUGAGCGCCUCAAGUGGCACUAUGUCCACCAGAUCUCCCACCUGGCGCCCUCCUACCUGACCGAACAGUUUACCUGCACCGUUCAGUAUCUGCCCAACGAGGAGGUGGCCCGCGGCGGCGGCGCCAUUGGCACCAGUCUCACCCAAACGGUCAGCAAGUCCACAACGACGCUGGUCAGCUCCGGGUCCACCAACACCCUGUCCACGCUCACCACGAACAUCAAUCAUGGUGGCCAUGGCGGCAGCGGCAAGAAGGGCAAGCGACGAUCCGCCAGCGCCGGAAUAGAUGUCUAUGUGCGGGUCUUUCCGCACGACUCCCUGGAGCCGGGACUUAAGGUGGCCAGGGUCACCUCAGAAGCCACCCUCAAGUGGAAUCUGGUUGGCGCCGUGGAGGGAAUUUUCAUGAUCUCCAAAAUCAGCGACACCUCCGUGAGGCUCGAAAUCGUGGGCCUGCCCAAGGGCUACGAGAUGCAGUUCCAGACGGAGAAGGAGAUGAAGUCCUUCAUCUCCUACCUGGGCAUCUAUAUCAGAUUGUCCAGCAAGUGGAUGCAGGACCUGUGCCACUCCUACCGCACGCCCUCCCUGGAAGAGCUGAGCUCCCUGUAUUGCCAUGGACCCAUUGGCGGCGCCUAUUCCCUGAUGAAGCUGCACGAGAAUGGGGACAAGUGCGGCAGCUACAUUGUGCGCGAGUGCGACCGAGAGUACAACAUAUACUACAUCGAUAUCAACACCAAAAUCAUGGCCAAAAACACCGACCAGGAGCGUUGCAAAACCGAGACAUUUAGGAUCGUGCGCAAGGACUCGCAGUGGAAGCUGAGCUACAACAACGCGGAGCACGUGCUGAACUCCCUCCAUGAAGUGGCGCACUUCAUCCAGGCGGACAGUCCCGAUCGCUACCGCAUACCCGCCUCCAAGUACGACAAGCCGCCGCUGCUGCUCCUGCUGCUGCCAAAGAACCUCAAGGCCAAAAAGACUGACCUGCAGCUUAGCGAGGCGGAGCUGCAGCGCCGCAAUCCGCAGAUCUUCAAUCCCAAGACGGAUCUGCAAUGGUAUCCAGAUUCGAUUUCGCUAAGCGACGAUGGCAUGAUGUUUACCAUGCGCGGCGAUUGGCUGCAACAGAGUCCGGUUAAGGAUGUCUCUGUGACGAUGAAGAUGCUGAAGAGCGACGGCAAUUUCAUGGAGUUCUUUCGCCUGGCGCAGACCUGGAGCCUCAUCCAGUCGCCGCAGUUCCUCAAGCUGUACGGCCUCACGCUCGCCGAUCCGUACACCAUGGUAAUGGAGUACUCACGCUACGGACCGCUCAACAAGUUCCUGCACUCGGUGCCCAAUGUCACGCUGCACUGUCUCCUGGAUCUGAUGCAUGGGCUGGUGCGCGGCAUGCACUAUCUGGAGGACAACAAGAUCAUCCACAACUACAUACGCUGCAGCAAUCUGUACGUGACCAAGUACGAUCCCAACUCGUACGUGCUUGACGUCAAGAUCAGCGAUCCAGGCUAUCCGCGGCCCUAUCGAGAAUCCGACUCGCCGUGGAUACCUACCAAGUAUUACCGGAAUCUGCAGGCGGCCAAGCUGGAUCAGUACACCCAGCUGUGGGCCUUCGCCACCACCAUAUACGAGAUAUUCUCGCGCUGCAAGGAUGACCUGCGCAACUUGACGCAGGACCAGCUGAUCAGACAGCGAAACACCGAUGGCAACAUACUCAAGAUGCUGGAUCCGGAUCUGUGCCCCACGCUGAUGUUCGAGACCAUCAUGGACGGGUGGUCCGAUGACGAGGAGAAGCGCUUCAGUCACCACGACAUCUUUUCGCGUCUCAACACGAUCAAGGCGGUAAUAUUGCCGAAUUAUAUGCCGCCACCUGACCUCGCAACAAACGGAGCUGGCGAGGAGGAAAUUGUUGACAGAAGCGAUGUUCCCUGCAAUUAUCCCUUCCCGCGUUCGAACAUGCUGAUGGUGAUACCGCUGACCAGCGAAUGCCGCGUGAUCUACAACAUGGAGAACAUGAUCGGUCAGGGUCACUACGGCACCGUCUUCAAGGGUCACCUGGAGUUCAACGACAAGGACCAUCCGCGCGAACAGGUGGCCAUCAAGAUGCUGAACACCAUGCAGGUGUCGACCGACUUCCAUCGCGAGAUCGGCAUUAUGCGCACCCUGGUGCAUCCGAACAUCGUCAAGUUCAAGUACUGGGCGGAAAAGUCGCACUGCAUCAUCAUGGAGUAUCUCUCCGGCUCUUUCGAUGACUACCUGCGCUUCGAGAGGCCCAAUCUCAAGGACUCACGCCUGGUCGCCUUUGCCCUGGACAUUGCGCAAGGCAUGAAAUACCUGUCUGGAAUGGGACUGAUCCACAGGGACUUGGCCGCUCGCAACAUUCUGGUCGAUCACAGCGGCGAUAGCGAUUGCGUCAAAAUCUCAGACUUCGGCCUGGCGCAAUUCGCCAAUUCGGAUGGAUAUUACUACGCGAAGAGCAAGCGAGAUAUUCCCAUUAAAUGGUACUCCCCGGAGGCCAUCUCCACCUGCAGAUUCUCAUCACACUCGGACGUUUGGAGCUACGGCGUGGUGCUCUACGAGAUGUUCACCCGAGGCGAAUUGCCCAAUCUGGUGCCGAUGCAGACCUCGCAGGAGGACUUCCUGACCCGCCUUCAAAAAGGCGAAAGAUUAAAUCGCCCGUAUAGCUGCCCGGACUUUAUGUACGAUCUGAUGCAGUUGUGUUGGCACGCCACGCCCCGUUCGCGCCCCACUUUCGCAGAUAUCGUGGAUAUCAUCACCAAUGAGACGGCCACUAAGGUUUCGCAUCCUUCGGAUGGCCACCAGUCGCCGCCAAAUCUGCCGCCGGAGGCCGAGUAAAAGGAGACGAGAGUUGCUAAAACAACGGAAUGAUAUACAAAUAUUUAGGCAUAAGUUUUUUUAAGCUGUUAGCAUUUAAACUGUACGUUUUUAAAACAACCCAAGCGAACCACAAACCACUUGACGUAACCCGUAAAGCUUUAAGCGCUUUCGGAAGAAUCACAAUAUCCCAAAAGAGCAAUCUGUAUCAUGCCCUAAAAACACUCAUGCCUUCAAAAGCCUUUUUGGAUUCUGGCCAGAACCUAGUUUUAUCCUUGUGCUUACUUACCAUUGGCCCCCCUCCCCCGCAUCCUCGUCUUCAAUACCCCAAUCUUGACUCGGCGGAAGCCCCGACUUUAUAUAUAUAUAUAUCUACACACAUGUAAACCAAUUCUCAACCUACUUUGUGUUAUACAUUUUAGCCCACUUUGUUAAAUAUUGUUAAGCUUGAGCUUCAAUUUUUUUUGUAAUGCCCACGCAUAAACACUAAACUAAAUAUAAAGUGUAAAUAAUUA